AUGUCCUACAACAAAGUCAUUUCUAGCAAAGUGAUCAAGACUGUUAAUGCAGGCGGUAAAGCAAUUCAAGGCGUGCAAGACGAGUUUUGCGAGGCUUUAAAGAAGGCCGGUGACGUCCCUGCUGGUGCCGCUAUUGCGAUCUUAGACGAAAAAGAGUAUCCAAGCGAAAUCGAUAGUAAGUCUCACUUCACCACUGUCUUCGAAGAUUCCAAGGGCAACCAUAUCACGACCAAGCAUGUUUAUCCUUAG